CCUUCAUUCUCCCCUCAAAAUUUUCCAUCGUUUACCCCGGAGAAAUUACCCGAGCGUUCCAGCACCCAUGCCUUCCCCAGUCGGCUCCCCCACAAGCUCCCAGUCGGUGACUCAGACCGUCAACGGCUCUCACAGUUUCACUAUCAAGGGCUACUCGUUGGCCAAGGCCAUGGGCAUCGGGAAGCACAUAGCCAGUGAGAGCUUCACCGUCGGCGGCUACCAGUGGGCUAUCUACGUCUAUCCCGAUGGUAAAAACCCGGAAGACAACUCUACCUAUGUGUCCGUUUUCGUUGCCCUACCUACUGAGGGCACCGACGUCAGGGCUCUCUUCGAGCUCACACUUUUGGACCAGAGCGGAAGGGGCAAGCAUAAAGUGCAUAGCCAUUUCGAUCGCGCUAUCGAGAGCGGCCCUUAUACGCUCAAGUAUCGGGGAUUCAUGCCCUAGAUAGAUCUUAGAACCAAGGAAGCCAGUGGAGAUCAUCAUGAGAGUACUCUCGAUACUCUUAUGGCAAUUGCAGCAUUGGCUUCUUGUGGUGCUAUCUGUUCACUAGUUCCUUCAAAUAUUUGUGGUCUGCUAGAACCUAUGCCUUGCAAAUAUUUGUGGUGGCAUCCCCUGGAUAGGUUCAUGUUU